GUGUCUCCCACAAGAUUGGGCCAGGGCCCUUCUCUCUCUCGCUCUCUCUCUCUUCCAUCAACUACUACUAGAACCUUCGAUCACUGUCUCAAAGACUCCAAAUUUAGGGUUUCUCGAGGGUUUAUCACAGCGCCAAAAACCCUAGAAAAGCCCAACUCUACGAAAGACUUGAUCUUUUUGGGUGGUUCGUCCAGCUUUCCCAAAUGGUUCGCUCCAAUGGCGUCAGGCUUGCCCACUGGCUCGCUCGUCGCUCUUUUGCCUCCAACCCCAUCCACAACCCUACAUCCUCCGCAUGCGGGAGGAUGCUUGGAGGCGGUUAUAGGACAUUCAAGACUGGGGUUUGCAACAAUUCUGGGGUUUUAGGAAAUUAUACUACUACUAAUAAUGUUUGUAGAAAAAGUUGGUUGCUCGGAGCUCUGAAUACCAAUUGGUUCGCUGCAAGAUCAAUUCAUGGAACUGCAUCUAUGUCCACAAGAGAUUACUAUGAUACACUGGGUGUAAGCAAGAAUGCAAAUGCAUCAGAAAUAAAGAAAGCUUAUUAUGGGCUAGCAAAGAAGCUCCAUCCAGACACAAAUAAAGAUGAUCCUGAUGCAGAAAAGAAGUUUCAAGAAGUUCAAAAGGCCUAUGAGGUUUUAAAAGAUGAGGAAAAGCGUCAACAAUAUGAUGAGGUUGGCCAUGCUGCAUUUGAAGAUCAAGGCAAUGGCUUUCCCAAUGAUUUCAGGAAUCCAUUUAAAGAUAUCUUUGAUGAUAAUAUCUUCAACAUUUUUCGUCAGAAUUUUGGUGGUCAAGAUAUCAAGGUUUCUUUGGAACUUUCCUUUAUGGAAGCUGUUCAGGGAUGUUCUAAAACUGUGACAUUUCCAGCUGCAGUGGCCUGUGAAGAUUGCGGUGGAAGUGGUGUUCCUCCUGGCACCAGACCUGAAUCAUGUAAGCGCUGUAAAGGGUCUGGCAUGACUUACAUGCAAACUGGCCCAUUUAGGAUGCAGACAACUUGUACUCACUGUGGCGGAACUGGUAAAACUUUCCCGACACUUUGCAAAUCAUGCAAUGGGAAACGAGUCACAACUGGAAUGAAGUCAGUCAAGUUAGAUAUCAUGCCAGGUGUAGAUGACAAUGAAACUAUAAGGGUGUUUAGCAGUGGUGGGGCUGAUCCUGACGGAAAUCAACCUGGUGAUCUUUAUGUUACCGUUAAGGUUAGGGAAGACCCAGUUUUCCGUAGGGAAGGUGCCGACAUUCAUGUAGAUGCUGUUCUGAGUAUCACUCAGGCAAUUCUGGGAGGAACUAUUCAGGUCCCAACUCUCACUGGAGAUGUUGUAUUGAAGGUCCGUGCUGGCACCCAACCUGGUCAGAAGGUAGUCCUAAAGAAGAAAGGAAUCAAGACAAGGAACUCUUAUGCGUUUGGUGAUCAAUAUGUGCACUUCAAUGUCAGCAUCCCAGCGAAUCUGACACAAAGACAACGAGAAUUAAUUGAAGAGUUUGCCAAAGAAGAGCAGGGGGAAUAUGGUAAGCGUGCUGCUGCCGGAGCAUCUUGAUAAUAUGGGCUGGAGAGGUUUCUUUCUUUGUUAAGAUAUUUUCUAGUCUUGCAUAGCUGGAAGGAGAAGGAAUGAGAGGAAGUAGGCAUAGCAAAAGGAUCCACCCAUUCUGGAAGCGGAGUUAUUUUAGGUUCCAAAUUCCAAUUGAGCAGUUCUAUUUGUAAGGUUGUGUAAUAUUUUUUUUUUUAAUUCCAAGUCAUAAUCCGUACUUGUCAUUUAGGCGAGGUGAUCUGUGAUCAUCAUGCAGUAAUUUUGUGACAAUGUACAUAUUGACUUAUAAUCUUAUAAUCAUAAUGGACUUGUUCAUGUCCAUAAUUAUUUUUACCACA